AUGUUAAAUAUUUUACAAAAUAAUCCACCAAAUAUUGAUGAAUUUCAAAAAAUACGUGAUCAAAUUUUAUCAACUUUUGAAUUAGAGUUAUUGAAAGAUGGUGGAGAAUUAGAUUUAAAAAUUCAAAUUUCAAAUUUAACAGAUAUACAAAAACAACAAUUACAAGAGUUACAAGCUGAACAAAUACGACGUGAGUUAUUAUUUACACAACAACAAAAUCGAUUGAAUGAAUUAAGAUUAGCUAGAUUGGAAUUUUGGACAGAAUAUUUGGCAAAAUAUAAUUUAUUUGUAGAACAAAUUCAAAAUAAAACAGAUUUAUAUAGAUUACGAGGGUUUUGGAUAACUAAAAUUAAUAAUUCUCGAUUCACAAACGAAGAAAAAUUAAAUCUUCAUAAAAUACAUGAAGAACAUAUUAGAAUUUUAUUAGAACAAUUGCAACAAUCUGAUUAUCA